AUGGCCCAGUCAGAGUCUCGAGUCCUCCGGGCUGUUCUGGCAACACCCUUUAUUGGCCUAGCCAUCUUUUGCCUCGGUGCUAUGGACACCAACAAACUCAUUGCUCAACAGCAGCCGUUUCUCGAAGCGGGACGCAUCGCCUGGGACGGUGGAUCAAUGCCCAUUUUUGAUCGCUUCUACAAAGUCCCUUUCAUCGACGAUAUCUGGCGUGGCAUCACGGUCACUUUCUCGGCUUCCUACAUCCCCUUGGAUGCCAUUGGCUGGUGGCAGCUAUUCUCCUUUCUCAACGACCUGGGCCCAUUGUACAGUGUCUGGCUCUUGGAGUCGUGUCGUGUCGGGAAUGCCUGGACGCCGGUCUAUACUGUUACGGUCUUCACAUUCAUCGCCCAGCUUCUGGGGGUCGGGAAUGUCGCGCCGCUGUACUACUUCCUGCACCUGACUUUCGCCCCGUCCGCGGCGACCCUGAAGCGUUCGGCGAAGGACCGACAGCUCCAGUCAGAGCAGGCAUUGUACCUACUCCCGCUCUUCCUCAGCCUUCACACCUUCGAGGUCUUGCGUGCUUACACGGCCCCUGAGCCGGAGACUCGCCAGUACUGGGUCUGGGCGUGGCAGAUGUCGCCCCUCUGGAUCGGCAUUGCUAACUCGCUGCUGGGCGGCUUGACUGCUGCCGUGCCGGCUUUGAAGAGCAGCACCCUCGCAUCGCCACGCCCACUUCUUGCCGUGAUGUGUGCAAUCUCUAGCUCGACCUGGGCAUACACGCUGUACUCUUCGCCUUAUUCCCUGUCAGACAUGUUCAUCCCUGACCCUGCAGUCUACUUGGACUUUAUUGGACAUACCCGAAAGGCCUUGCAGUGCGACGAGGUGUAUUCUUUCGGGAGCUCUUUUCUGUGGCUGAUUUACAUGUUUUUUGAUCUUUACGCCGCUGGGCUGGUUGGGCUUGAGUCGCUGGUUGUAUCUUCCCUUCUUCCACUUGUGUCUGCGGUGACCGGACCUGGAACUGCUUUUGUCAUGGGUUGGUGCUGGCGAGAACAGGCGCUAUCUUCCCACCACAAGGCCAAUUGA